AUGGACUGUCCACAGUACCAACAGAGCAAACCUCAAAACAGCGCGCAUCAAUCCCGCGCAAAACCUACCAUGUUCAAAUUCUUCAACGACCCCAUCCUCGACUUUGAGCUGACCCGCCUCCUCGGCAGCACCUCAGCGGGCGGCUGCGACACAGCCGAGUUCCUAACCGCAGCCAGCAAGAUCAAGAAGAACGACCCAGAAUCCUGGCACGCGGCGUGGAAAGAACAAGGAGAGCGGGCUGAAGCAAUCGCAGAGAAUGCUGCUAAGAACGGGCUAAGCGCCAUGGCGAAGAACGGGUACCUGCGCGCGUCGAACUAUUUCCGCGCGGCUUCGUACCUGUUUCUCAACGAUGAUGCGAGGGUUGUGCCGUUGUCGAAGAGGUCGGUUGAGGCUUUUGUGAGAGCGACGGCGUUCAUGGAGGGGGAGGUUAGGUUGGUGGAUGUUCCAUAUGAGAAGGGUGUCAACAUGCCGGCGUACUUGUACCUUCCUCCUCCAGAGGCGAGACUGCCGGGCAAAACACCACUUCUGCUCUACUUCAGCGGUGCUGAUUCUACGAAAGAAGAGCUGCAUUUCCUGUUCGGUUACUCGGGCCCGCAGCUGGGCUAUGCUGUGCUUCUACUAGAGGGCCCGGGGCAGGGCUUGCUGUUGAAGAAGUCGGGGGUUCCUCUUCGGCCUGACUUUGAGGUCGUCGCAGACAAGGUGUUGGGGUUCCUUGAGGAUUUGGCUCGAUCGCAGCUGGAGUUGCAGUUGGAUCUGGAUAGGAUUGCUGUUGCGGGCGCUGUCACUGGGGGCUACUUUGCUCUGCGCGCAGCUACCGACGCCCGUGUCAAGGCAUGCGUGUCCAUUGAUCCGUUCUUCAGCAUGUUCGAUCUUGCGAUGACACGAGUGCCGCAAUCCUUCGUCAGCCUAUGGAAGGGCGGUUGGGUCACCAAGGAAAUGUUCAACUUGAUCGCGAGUCUGCAGAGCUGGUGGAGUUUCCAGAUACGGUGGGAGUUAGGCCUAGGUGUGAGUAGCAUGGGUGUUGAUUCGCCCGGUAUGAUGCUGCGACGCCUCGAGGACUUCUCUUUGGACACCAAGAAAGAUGGAAAGAUCCUGAACAGGGUCACGUGUCCUGUGCUUCUUACGGGACCGGGUGGGGGUGCCGAGAUGUACUCUUCCGCAGAAAGUGGGGCAGUCAAAAUCCACAAGCUACUCACCAAGGUGCCGGAAGGAAAUAAGGAACUCUGGACUCCGGCGGAGCCAGCAGAUGGCGGGUUGUCGGCUAGUAUUGGAGCCUGGCCUUUGUUAGCCCAGAGAAGCUUUUUGUUCCUAGACAAGCAUUUUGGGAUCAACCGGAAGAUAGUGUUGGAAAGCAAGUGA